AUGGCAUCAUCAAACGACACCAGCAUCGCUUUCAACGAGACGCAGACCUUGAACGACUUCAAAAAUCCGACGGAAGUAGAUAACUCGACGGUGAUCCUUUUUCGUGUAGUCACCGUCCUCUUCACCAUCAAGAUGAUUAUCCGGACAGUACAGUUUUUCUACAAAGUUGGAUUGAGUGGUGCUUACUGGAUAUUACAACUAUGGAAACACGUAAAGGCGCGACGAGCAGGCGGAAAGAAAAAUGGCACGACUGAUAUUCGAUGUCUCGGAGGAAUGAGCAUAGGCUUUCUGAAGUUUAUGGCGUCUCUGCUAACACCGUCAACGAAAAAGUGCCGUACAUCGCAUUCUUUUAAAGGAUCGGAAGAAUCAGCCUCCACUGUUCAGAAAAAGAAAGUUGCUGGAACGAGACUUACCGGUAAUGGAUUUGAAGAUGAUCCGGCGUUUGUUCAUGACUUCAUAAACGGCGGCGAGAUGCCUGAAAUGACAGUAUUCUUCCACUUGGCUCUCAUCCUAUACUGUUUGAAAACAAUCUUCUGGCUUAUCAAACUGAUCAUCGGGUUCCAGUACCAAAUGCGACGCUUCUUGGAAAACAGAAGAAAUUGUCGGAAGAGCAUAAGAGAAGAUCAACAACACGGUGAUGAGGAAGCAGUAGCCACCAUGGCUGCUGAACUCGAAGCUCCUCCUGUGCUAGCUCCGUGCACAGUAUCUCUUUCAAACGAAGCUCGUUACAAAGCGGCUCCUCCCAGAGAAGAUUCUGGAGGUAUCGGCCAGGCAAUUCUAAAGUACUAG